AUGUCAGACAUAAAUGAAUUCAAAUGCAUAGAAUUGUACAAAGUCAUAUUGUCAUCAAAAAAUCUAAUUGAACACAAAAAAGUUGCUCAUUCAAUUGCUCCGACAAUUGAAAUUAUAGUCCAAUGUGCCAUGUGUUUAUUUACUGCCACAUACACAAAUAUGAAUAUACAUUACGAAAAAGAUCAUAAUAUUAUACAAAGUGUAGAUAAUUUUGAAUUUGAAAGCAUUGAUGGUUUUAACAAUUGGAAACAUGAAAUUGAACUAUCCACACAGACAUUGUAUGUCAAAAACUUUGGUUCCUCUGAAAAAGGAAAUCAAAUUUACAGUUAUUACAAAUGCCACAGAAGUGGUUUCUAUAAUUCAAUAAGCAAAGGUCAACGUCAUUUAAAAACACAGGGUUCUAACAAAAUAAAUGGGUACUGUCCAGCUAGCAUUAAUGUUAUAGAGUCAAAGGUUACUAAAAGAUGUAAUGUUAAAUUUAAUGGCAACCAUAUAGGUCAUGAGAAUGAAAUAGGACACUUGCCUUUAAAUACAUGUACCAGAGAUGAUAUAGCAGCUAAAAUAUCACAAAACAUUCCCUUUGAUAGAAUUUUGGACGAAAUUCGUGAUAAUAUUACCAACAAUCAUUUAGAAAGAACUCAUUUGCCAACUAAGAAAGAUUUAUAUAAUAUUGAAGCUUCAUAUAAUCUCAAUAAUGAGGCAGUACAUCAUUCAAAUUAUGCUACAAGUGUUGGAGCAUGGGUUGAAAAAUUAAAAUCUGAUGACAAAUUAAGCCUUGUUUAUUACAAGUCACAAGGUCAAAUUGACACAAAUUAUUUAGAACUAAAAGAAGAUGAUUUUUUAUUGCUCAUAAUGAAAGAAUAUCAAAAAUCCAUGUUAAACAAAUUUGGAAAUGAUGUUAUUUGUAUCGAUGAAACGCAUGGGAUGAAUUCGUAUCAUUUUAAUUUGACAACAAUCAAGGUUCUUGAUGAUUUAAGAGAAGGAUUUCCAUGCUCUUUUUUGAUUAGUAAUCGAGUUGAUGAAACGGUCUUGAGAAUAUUUUUUGCUGAGAUAAGGGACAAAACCGGUAUUAUUCAGCCCAAUGUCUUCAUGUCAGAUAUGGCUGAAAGUUUUUAUAACGCUUGGAUUGUUGAAAUGAAACCAGGCUCUAUUGUGGAAAUAUAUAAAGUAUUGCGAACAUUACUUCAAGAACAAGAUGCUGAAGCCUUUCGUAGAAUGUUUGACAAUGCUAUAAAUCGAAUGGCAAAAGAUGACGAAACUAUGCAUUUCUCAAAUUAUUUUAUUAGUUAUUAUGCUCCAUCUGUGCAGUCAUGGGCUUAUUGCCACAGACUAAAUGCUGGAAUAAACACAAAUAUGCAUAUUGAAAGAAUGCAUCGGACACUAAAACACAUAUACUUACAAGGCAAAAAGGUGAAGCGACUUGAUAAAUCUCUGCAUGCCUUAAUGAGAUAUACUAGAGGUAAGUCAAUAGAUAGGCUUAUUGUGUUACAUAAAGGUAAAAUAAGUUCAAAAGUAAAAGAGUUGCGCAAAAGGCAUAAGACAAGCAUUUUAAUGUCUCUGGAAAUGGUACUUAAAAAUGUUGACGGCAAGAGUUGGAAUGUUUUAUCAGGAAAAACCAAUGAAAUGUAUGAGAAUUUGACACCGUCUCAUCAUCAGACAUCACCAAACAAAUUAAAAAUAACUCCUCAUCGUCGUUACCAUUCCACUAAAGCUAAAAGAAAUGUAGAAAAAUCAACAUUAAGUAUUGAAGUACCGAACCAAGUAGAGCAAAAUUGUAUAGCUGCAUCUCUAUUAUAA